AUGGAUAUUCUCAAAUUGCCUGCCCAACACAAAGUUUAUGUAAUCUCAACAGCUAGUGACUUUAUAUUUCAAGGUGUAAUCCAACUUGGAGCUAUUUAUCGCCAUGCAGAGAUCGAUGCUGGUGUUGUGCAACCACUUCCUUACACUGUAGACCGCAACCAGACUAUCAAGAACCUUAGAGCAUUUCUGGAAAAAAGACCAAAGAUAUUAAACGACGAAGCCAAAUGGUUACAACAAGUAAAGGCAGAUUGUGUCAUUUGUGAUGCUCCCUUUCUACCAUGCGCUGCAGCUCAUAUUGUAGGCAUCCCAGCAGCCAUUUCUAGUAAUUUUACAUUUGAUGAAGUAUACAUUGGAUUAUGCGAGGGAGAUGAGUUGGAUCAAGAGAUUCGUAUUAUGGUUCAACAAGUUAUAGCAGAUUACCACCAUGCAGAUUUAUUGAUUCGUCUACCAGGAGCAAUCCGUAUUCCAUCUUUUGAUGAUGCUAAAAGCCUUGUACCACAUACGCCAUUCAAUACUAAUUUCCCCGAAACACAGCUCAAGAUCAAAGGUGUGGCCAAUGGUAAAACCCAGUUACCUUGCACCAGUGUCUCAAAUAUACAACACGAGUCAACCAAAAAUUCUCCAUUUGUGCGUCAAAUCAUUGAUGUCCCUCUGGUCUUUCGAAAAUAUAGACAGUCCCGUGAAGAAACAUUAGAUCAAGUUGGCAUUCCUAAACACAUUUACGAAACCCAUAAGAUUCUGCUCUUGUCGUUUGGUGGCCAAUUGUUAGGUAAUGAUGGUGGUCUUAAAGGCAAUCCUUUGCCUCCUGGAUGGAUUUGUAUUGUAUGUGCAGCACCUGAUUCUGUUCAAAUGCCUGAGCGAUUUUAUCGAGCAGCCAAAGAUGCUUAUGUGCCUGAUUUGACACAUGCUUGUGAUAUUCUUUUGGGUAAAUUGGGUUAUGGUACUUGUUCUGAGUGUAUUGGUCAUAGCACACCUUUUGUCUAUGUGCCAAGACCACAGUUUAUUGAAGAACAUGGCUUGCUCAAAUUGAUGUCAGAUCAAGGGAGUGCAGUAGAACUCUCGCGUGAGGAUUUUGAAGCAGGUAACUGGGCUCCUGCUAUUGAGCAUGCUUCAACAAUGUCAGGUACUUGUAAAGAUCCUUUACUUCGUGUCCCACACAAUGGUGGUGAAAUCGCAGCACAAAGCAUAGAACGAUUUGUUGAAGAAUGGAACCACCAUAAGAUGCUACAACAAAGAGCAGCAGCUUUAUCUCUCUCUACUAUUUAUUCCCCUCCUACGCCCUCAGCCACUACUCCUGUUUCUGCUACCACCACCCCUCAACAGCAGGCUGUGUUUGUGAGUGUAGACCGAUAA